CCUGAUUCCAACGUUUGCACUCCUCGAUCUAUUCUCUCAUGGCGACGGCGACGGCGAGGCGGCCCAGCGGCCCGGUCCUGUCGAUUCCCAGCUACCGCUCCGCCUCGCCCACCCGCGUCAAGCUCCCCGCCGGUGGCGCUACACGCUCGCCGGGCAAGUCCGUCAGCGUUUCGUCCUCCUCCUCUGCCCCUGCCGGUGCCGCCAGCAAGAGCCGUCGGUCCUGCAUGUGCUCCCCGACGAACCACCCGGGCUCUUUCCGGUGCAGCCUCCACAAAGACCGCAAGCAGGCGGCUCCAUCUUGCAACAGCAAGCCUGGCUGCCCGCCGUCCAUCGGCAGCGCCGGCUCGAAGCAGAUGGGCAGCGCAUUGGUGCGGCUUGUCCCCAUGGAAAGUGGGCACUGGGCACGCAGGGCACUCGCGCCGUCCCCCGCAGCGCAGCGGAAACGCGUGGGCGGGUUGCGCCCCCGUCCGAGCAGGCUCUCCGCUGUGUCCAUGGCCGGCGACCGCGCCGGCGACAACCACCGGUAGACAAACCAACCAACGUCGACAUGCCAUUAGCAAGAUAAAGUAGAUAGGAAAAAGUUCCAGUAAGAAUUGGAGUUCAGACCCAGUUCUGGGUUCCGGCCUGGUUAAUUAGCUAGCUCGUAGAUUCACAUAGAGUGAGCCUCUUCGUCCUCUCUGCUCCGCUGUGUACAACUCCCUCUGGUUUUGGAUAUGGAUAAUCAUGAGAGACAAAUUGGAGACA